AAACAAUCGCCAUUCAUCCACAGCCAGUGUGUCGCAACAUUUUCGUGUUCUCUCCAACUUAGUCUUGAGUUACAGGCCAUUCCACCCUUGACAAGAUAUUGCUAAUCGAGACAGAAUAUGAGCUCCGUAAUAAGGAAAAAUAAGAUCAGCAAAAGUAAAGAAACUGAUGGUAAAAUGAUGUCUAAAGUAAUCUGUUAACGACAGUCUGAUCAUCGUAAAGUAUAUUGAUCUAAAUAAAAUCUACUAAAAGUAUCUCUAUUCAAAAUGGAAUUAUACUUACCUAAUGCUGCAAUAAUCGAAGACGUCAUCAGAUCCAAUUAGUCUUUUGUUGGACAAAAGAUAAGAUUUCAUCUUGAUUGUUAUACUAUCUGUGGUCUAUUGAUUUUGUGCAACCUGUGAAGGAUUAAAAUUUUGUUUAUAAUAUCAAGUUAAAGUGACAUUAAGUUAUUUAUUUUACAUGACUUAAGUGAGAAAUGAUUAUCAAGUAAAGUUGGUUUGAUAGUAUUAUCAUAAGAAUAUUUAUAAAGAUAAUAAUAAUAAACAAAGAAGGAAAGACAAUUAAAUAAAAAGAAAUGUCAGAAGCAGAAGCUAAACCAGCAUCACCAGUACCUUCGGCAGGCUGCACUCUAGUCACCCAACCUCCUGUUGGUCGAAUGCUUCGAUCGCCAAGUCAUGAAAGUGUCACAACAGAUUUAUCUCUAUUCACUGUGUCAUCGAUAGCAAGUGAUACGAAAAGUAAUAAUCGCCAGCCCUUUAAAUCUUUUAGUGAUGCUCAGCUGGCCAUUCGUGAACCGUCACCAAAUCCAGAUACUCGUAUUAAUCAGGGCCAAAGGCCUGCCGACAUUCCAGAGAGCCUGUGGUUUGAAGACGAAACGGAACUCAUCCGUAGUUGUGGUGCUCUCUCAUCAGCCCUUGGUCUUCAGAAAAGCUUUAGCACAAGCGACGUAUUCCAAUUAUCUAGUCCGGAAGCCUCAUUUCCGCAGACAGUCCGAUCUGCAGUCUCUGUGCUGGCUUUAGAUUCAGCUGAUCGCCAUGGUUUACUUUUGGAGCAAACAAGACUUGAUCACGCUUCUAGAACAUGUAGCACCUGGGUUGCGGUUGGUGAUAUUGCAAGCACAUCACAAUUGCCUAGUCCUCAUGGAGGAACCACACAUCAAACACCUUCUUCUGCCGAUCUUGUGCGGUCUGUCAACAAAAAAAUUCGUCAAAAUUACAUUCAACGCAGGUUGCUAACAACUUACCGAGCUCUAGAAAGGCUUUCGCAAAGUGAGUUUAACUUGGAUAGACUUGAAGCAGCAGCCUCCGCAGCUCAAACAACGCCUGGAGCUACGCUUGUAGUACCUGGAACAGUACCAAACAUAGCUGGACCAUCAAUAGUUGGUCAUAAGGCGAAAGAUCAUUUGCUUACAGUUCGAGAUGUUGAACGUGAACGUGGUAAACAAUUGACCAAGUAUGAAAGAAAUAUGAUGAUAUUUAAUUGGUUGCACAAUGUUGAUGAUGAACCUGAUGAAAGUCUUCAGGCGGAAAUGAGCGGACCUUGUUUAAAAGUUUCAAUUGAAACAGAUUCAACUUAAUAAAUGGAAGAAAAUUGUUCUAACUAUAAUAAUCAUAUAGAAAUCAAUUUAUUUUUAUUCAAAAAUUGAAUUUUAACGAGUCAGUUGCUUUAGAAAAAGGCAAUUUAAUUUAUUAUUUUUAUUACGUAACUCCAAUUGAAUUUGAUUGAAUCAAAAAUUUUAGCUACGAGAUCAAAUCAUCAAUGAAUAAUUAGAAUGAAAUUAUUUGAUGAUUGAUUUAUAGAUUCAAUAGCUGUUAGUGGCACUUAUGAUUUGUAAUAGACAUUCUAUUAAUAUUGAUUCCUUUUGACUCACGAGUCAUGAACUUCUAUUUUUACUGCAUUAUCUGAUCUGUAUGCUCAGAUAUAUCAUUCCAUCGAUGCUUGUGAUGUUUCUUGAGGGCAAAACAUGAUAUAAAUAUAAAUUUACGUUCACUUUCAAUUGUCAAUUAGAGCUGGUUCUCUUCAUAGUAUCGACAAUAACUGCAAGGUCAUAAAUUGAAUUUAUUUUUCAUAAUAAAACUACUAGUUAUUUGAUUGUGUUACAUACCUUUUUACACUAUAAUUUACAGGAUGUUCAAAUUGAAAUUUUAUUUAACAUAAUUCAAUAUGAGUUAAUUAUAUGUUUAAUGAAUUCACUAAACAUGCUGAACAGUUGUAGAUUAUUUCAAUGAUAAAAUAAUUUAUGGAUUAAGUAACUAAACAAAAUGAAGAAAUAAACUAAAAAUAUAAAAGGAUGGAAAAUAAGCAGUGGUUUUCGAUUAAGUGUUAAUGGAAUUAAAAACAUAACCGGUUUUAAGUGUCUAGUUUCCAAUGCUAUUUUUUUAUGCUUUAUCCACUUUUUUUUGGCUUCUGUAUGCCAUAACAAAAUAAAAAAAAACCCCAACAAAAGAUCCGUCCCAUUGUGUAUAAUGUACUUCCAGAUAGCCCUAACUUCGCUGAACAUAUCUCUCUUUGAAUUACUCUAUUGAGUUGAUGCAAAAAUGCUUGCAUUACUCAAACAUUUCUGUGAUUAAAUU